AUGCCAUUACAUUUUCUCCUGCCAAAAUUUUCCCCACCCCAUCCCUCACUGUAUUUCUUUUCCCCACCCCAUCCCUCACUGUAUUUCUUUUCCCCAGCAUCAAAGCUUGCCUCCAUUUAUUUACUGCUACAGUGCUGUUUGAUAUUUGUUAGUGUUGCUGCUCUUACUGUAAUAUCUAGAGGCAUUAAGCACUUCAGUAUUUUGUACUCUUUUUCUUCUUUUUUUCUGUAUGUGUUGUCUUUCCUUUCUUUGUCUUUCUUCUUGAUCUCUUUUUCUUUGUCUUUCUUCUUGAUCUCUUUUUCUUUGUCUUUCUUCUUGAUCUCUUUUUCUUUGUCUUUCUUCUUGAUCUCUUUUUCUUUUGUCUUUCUUCUUGACUUCUUUUCUUUGUCUUUCUUCUUGAUCUCUUUUUCUUUUGUCUUUUUCUUGAUCUUUCUUUUCUUUUUUCUUUUCUUCUUGAUCUCUUUUUCUUUGUCUUUCUUCUUGAUCUCUUUUUCUUUGUCUUUCUUCUUGAUCUCUUUUUCUUUGUCUUUCUUCUUGAUCUCUUUUUCUUUGUCUUUCUUCUUGAUCUCUUUUUCUUUGUCUUUCUUCUUGAUCUCUUUUUCUUUGUCUUUUUCUUGA